UUCUCAGAUAAGUCGUUCUAAUUUCAUCUACUAUUACUCAUAUGUUUUACAAUUAGGAUUGAUAUCAAAGGCUAUUUUUAGAAUAAGUAAUCCCGGCCCUGUUCUCAUUGCAUAAUCCUUUCAAACAAAUACGAGUCACGAGUGCCACACAAAACAACAAAAUGAUGGCAAUUUACCAUAUCUCUAAACCUUAUCUAUAAGACAAUAGCUUCAAACCAAAAUCUAAGCGAAAAAAAAAUGAAAGUUAAGAAAUACCCAAUUAAACUACUGCUCUUGUUCUUCCGAUUAACAAUUCUAGCAAUAGAUAGCCAAGCUAAUGAUCUAAAUUCCACCACCGAUGAUCCUUACAAAUUGCUACACAUUAUCCCAAACCCGGAUGGGUCCAUCACCCGAAUGAAACAAUACUACCCGACCGUCCCACCCAACACAUCCACUUCCCUAGCUUUCUCUAGAGAUGUCCCUCUCAAUACCGAUAAAAAGACGUGGAUUCGACUCUACUUGCCCAAUAAUGAAUCUAAACCCGUAACGACGAGGCCGAGCCUCCCAAUUGUAGUCUUCUCACACGGUGGCGGGUUCAUUAUCCUGAGCACAGCCUCCCCUACCUUCAACUCAUUUCUCUCUAACACGGCAAGUAAACUCCGCGUGUUAGUCGUCUCGAUUGAGUAUCGGCUCGCACCCGAGCACCGUCUUCCAGCCGCUUACGACGACGUUUUAGAGGCUUUGCAUUGGGUGAAGGACAAAAAGGAUGAUUGGGUCAAGAAUUAUGCGGAUGUUUCCAAGUGCAUUGUAAUGGGGGAGAGUGCGGGGGGCAACAUUGCCUACAUGGUAGGGUUACGUGCAUCUCUACUAGUUCGCGAGUUAAACCCGUUAAUUAUUAAAGGUUUAGUUCUAGUCCAACCAUUUUUUGGCGGGUUAAAUCGUACUGGAUCCGAGUUAAGGAAACCUGCUUCGGUUGGUUUACCUUUGGUGAUUACCGAUUUAAUGUGGAAUUUAUCUUUACCACUUGGAGUUAAUAGGAACCACCCAUAUUGUAACCCUAUUAUUGAGGGCGGGUCUAAAAUGUUGGACAAAAUUAAAGAGUUGGGUUGGCGUGUUGCAAUAGCUGUUUAUGAUGGAGACCGGCUUUUUGACAAGCAAAUGAAGGUGUUUGAGUUUUUGAAACAACGAGGAGUGGAUGUCAUUGGUAAUUUUAGUAAAGGAGGUUACCAUGGUGUCUUUGUUAAAGAAGCGGAUAUUUCGGAAAAAUUAUUUGAAUUUAUGCGAAUUGUAUUUUCUUCCGACUUUGCUUAUUAAAUGUUGUCAUGGUCAAAAAUUAUUUAUCUCGUUUAUCUAUAACCCAUUUACAAUCGCAAUCAA